UUUGGGUUAACAACAACGGAGCGCGCGCAACGGAGAGUCGGCGCAAAGUUUCCUCGAUGGCGCUGGUGAUGGAGCCGGUGAGCAAAUGGAGCACAAGUCAGGUGGUGGACUGGAUGAAAGGUCUGGACGACUGCUUGCAGCAAUAUGUGUGCGUGUUUGAGCGCGGAGGUGUGUGCGGGGAGAGGCUCCUGAGGAUCAGCCACGCCGAACUAGAGGAGCUGGGAGUUUCUCGCAUCGGACACCAGGAGCUCAUUCUGGAGGCUGUCGACUUGCUCUGUGCUCUGAACUCAGGUCUGGAGACAGAGAGCGUCAGGACUUUGGCUCACAAACUCGGCGCCUCGGCCAAAAACCUGCAGAACUUCAUUUCCGGCCGCCGCCGCAGCAGCCAAUCAGAGAGCAGGUCCUCGCGGCGGCUCCCCAACGAUCUGCUCACCUCUGUGGUCGACCUCAUCACCGCCGCCAAGAGCCUGCUAGCCUGGCUGGACAGGUCUCCCUUUGCUGCAGUGGCAGACUACUCAGUAACCCGAAAUAAUGUCAUUCAGCUCUGCCUGGAGCUCACCACCAUUGUACAGCAGGACUGUACGGUGUUUGAGACGGAGAACAAAAUCCUUCAUGUGUGCAAGACUCUGUCGGAGGUGUGUGAGCACAUUGUGUGCGUGUCAUCCGACCCGCUUGUUUCUCAGUCAGCCCACCUCGAACUGGUUCACCUCACCAACAUCAAAUCCUCGGAAGGCCUGGGAAUGUACAUCAAAUCCACCUACGACGGCCUCCAUGUGAUCACAGGAACUACUGAAGGGUCUCCAGCUGACCGCUGUAAGAAGAUCCAUGCAGGAGAUGAAGUCAUUCAAGUCAAUCAUCAGACAGUGGUGGGCUGGCAGUUACGUAACCUGGUCGGCUCGCUGAGGGCUGAUAAAGGCGUCGUGUCCCUGACGCUGAAGAAGCGUCCACAGAGCACGCUCAGCUCCGCCCCUGCUCUGCUGAAAAACAUGCGCUGGAAACCCCUAGCACUGCAGCCAACCAGAAGCCCAGGCAGCAGUUCCGCCACACCCUCAGGCACACCCACAAAGAGCUCCGCCAUCCAGGACCUUUACAUCCCCCCUCCACCUGCUGAGCCUUACAUACCCAGAGAUGAGACAGGAGCCUUGCCUGGAGAUGAGGCAUCUCGUAACCACGGUGGAGUCAGCGUUGCUAAGCGCUCUGAGUCACCAAACUCUUUCCUGGAUCAAGAGUCUCACCGGCAAGAAGAGGAAGAGCCCGUGUACUGCACCACACCUACCUAUGGCAGGCUGAGGCCCAUCUCCAUGCCUGUGGAGUGUAACUGGGUGGGCGACUAUGAAGAUCCAGCCAAGCUUAACAGAGAAAGCCGCAGAGAAGCGACACUGAUGCGUUACGUGGGACUGUCUGGUGUGGAAGAGAGGACCAGCUCUGACGACUACUCCUGCCACACGGCUCGCCCUGGCAAACGGACCAAUGACACGGCCAAACGCGCCAAGAGGCGGAGCCACCACAGUCAAAGCCCCUCCCACUAUGUCCUCCAAACAAAUCAGAGAGAAUCUCCACCGAGAGAUCCGGCCUCCAUUUAUCACACAUACCAACAGUCCUCCUCUCUGCAGUCAAAGAACAGGAAGAAGAAUAAAGGGCGAAGUUUGGCCUCUCUGAGUCGGAGGCGUGUUUCCUGCAAGGCGCUGGGCAGAGCAGACUGUGAGGGUUGGCUGUGGAGAAAGAGAGAUGCAAAGGGUUACUUUUCUCACAAAUGGAAGAAGUACUGGUUUGUUCUGAAGGACAACUGCCUGUACUGGUACAUCAAUGAGGAGGAUGAGAAGGCAGAGGGUUUUGUCAGUCUUCCAGAGUUUAAGAUCGACCGUGCAAGUGAAUGUCGCAAGAAGUAUGCUUUCAAAGCAUGUCACCCCAAGGUCAAGAGUUUCUACUUUGCAGCAGAUGGAGUGGAUGACAUGAACAGAUGGCUGAGUCGUCUCAACAUGGCCGCCGUGGGCUACGCCGAACGAGAGAGGAUACGCCAAGAACAGGAUUACUGGAGUGAGAGUGAACAUGAGGAUGACACCACCUCCAGCCCCAAACAGGACAGUCCCCCACCUCCAUAUGAUACCUACCCACGGCCUCCAUCAAUGAGUGCCUAUAUGGAAGGCCGGACCACUCGACUGUCUUCCACAGAGACUUGUCGUUCUCGCUCUUCCCAGGAGGACUUCCUCUGCGGCGAGCCCCCCGGGGUGGCUGCAGAGCCGCAGUACCACCCUGGUUCUCUAGGGGGAGGCACUACACACAGUGGGAGGAAACCAGGGGGCAGCUGCAGCAGCGACAUGCAGUACAGAUGUGAUCCUGUAGAGUACCGAUCCAGUCCCGCAGGAGGAAGCAGUGAGACGGGGUCCCCGGGCCGCUCUUCCUCAUCUCAGAGACGCUCCUGGCAGGACCUGAUUGAGACACCGUUGACUGAGGCCGGACUGCACUACCUACAAACUGGACCACUAGAGGACGCUGUCUUUGCUGAGCCUAGUCCGGUUGUUGGGACUAUGAUGGCCGGAGCCGUGUACACUCUUCCUGCACAGAGGAAUGUCCCGUUGCCCAUGGCGAUGACGAGGCUGAUUCCUAUGGCAACCCAGGGAGGGAAACCCCGCAGCUUCACACUGCCACGAGACAGCAACCUACACACACUCCUCACGCCCCCUGCGAAAGAAGAACAGCAAACACACAACGGCGGCAGCGAGGGUGCGUCCCUGGGCGACCUGUUCCGUGCGUGUGAGCAGGGCGGGGUGUGUCCACUGGGUCGCGGGUCGGACGCAAAAGGUCAAUCAGAGUGCAGGCAGUCCUUCCUCCGACGGGCCGCCGACCCUCAGCUCAACGAUCGCCUGCACCGCCUCCGAAUACUGACCUCCACGCUGAAGGACAGGGAGGGGGAGCUAGCACUGAUUGACAGGCUGUUGGCCAAUCCCCAGCUGUCGUCGGCAGAGUUCCAGGAGUGGAAAAGAGCCUAUCAGGAGCUGUUCUCUCAGGAGCCAGACUCGACCGCUGAAUCAGACCCCGGCCCGCCCCUCACCCCCUCACUCUCUCACACACACUCCUACAUCGAGACCCACGUCUGACCAGUAAAACACACACACACACACACACACACACACACACACACACACAAGUUGCUCCUGAUUCUGGAAAGAGUUGAACAAACAGCAGCGGACGUUUUGAUGCAUCAGGGUUACGAUCAGUGAUGGACUUUGUCAAAAGAGGAGAGUAGGGACAACGUGACUCCACAUCCCGAUAAGCUUUCAGCAGCCGCAGUGUACAAGUGCAACAUGACAGCUUUCUGAGGAGACGCCUGCGUGGCCCUCAUGUCACAUCAAUCUACGAUCUGAUUGGUUAUGCCACUCCAAGCUGGCUCUGGACAGACGAUAAUCCGAUUCUUAAGUAUUACAUGUUAGCUUUUGUGCUCUUUAAAUACUUACUUUGGACAACUUUCAUCAGUUUGUUCCUCCUGAUAUUGGACAGAGAACAGAAUAGUAUCUUCAUGAGCCACCAUUCACAGUAUUUCACCGUGCUUGUCGUGCUGUGUUAUAGUUAUACCGACUACACAGUGUCUCAUGAACAGUCUAAUCGCCACAGAGUGACAUACAUUGUAUUCUAUCAAGCCUUAUACUUGGUGUCUAUGAAGAUGGUUUCUGCACAGUGAGUGUUACAACAGAGAACAAUUUGCACAGGUCUUUUUUAGAUCAAUAGUCUCAGUUUCUAGCUAGUUUUAGAGACUUUUGUUUGUGGUGGUUUGGUAGAAUUACGUACUGUACUUUGCUGGGCUGGACCUGAAGCAUGCACACUCGAGAGCCUCCUGGAAUAUGAACCAUUCAAAGGAAAAGUCCACCCUAAUAACACUUUUAACACUGCUUUCAAACAGCAAGUGAUUUUUUUUUUUUGACAUGCUGUCACUUUAUUUCCCCCGUCAGUAUCAUUUUACCUCCAAGUCGUGUUUAAUCUGUCAUGCUUUUCAUUUAGUUUGACAUCAGCUGGCUGUAUUAGAGCUCAUUAAUUAAAUUCUCGGCCUAUAUAUUUCCUUAAAAUCAUAUCACUUUGACAGAAACAUGAAACAUCUUGAGUUAGAUAUUGUAAUGCAUGGCAUUUCAUUAUUAUUCUGUUAUGUCUUUGUUUAAAAUGAUCUCUUAAUACCUAAAUAAAGAUAUUGUAUUGUCUUUGAAAUUCCCCAAUCCCAUGAUAUCUCAUAUUUUAGUAAAUCUGUUUUAUAAGAAUACUGAUAAAGAGUUCUUUCUGUCCAUAAUAGGGGCAAAAAGAUCCAUUCUUAAAGUAAUGUCAGCGUCAGAGAAGGACAAAAUCCACAGUCCUUGUUCUGUGUAAAAUUCUAAAAUGCAAAAAUGCCAUUUUGUACUAAACAGAGUGUAACUUUAGUAAUAAAUGUAAAAAGAAAUACCAGUUUGAUUUGUCUAAUUUAGAUUGCAGAAGCUGCUUAUUAGCUCAUAAUGCAAUGUACAUAACAUGUCCUUUAACAAAGGGUAUGUUGAGGUAAAAUGAUCCUGCACUCUAACAGUUUGAAUCUCCCUGUGGUCGUCAUAAGAAUCUCAAUCUGGCGUUUGCUUGAUAUGCAGAUUAUAUUACAUUAUUUGAUUUUAAAAGGCACCACUGGAGUGCAAACAACAUGUUAAGGCAUUGUACGCACAGGAAAUACCUUCCAAGGGAAAAAGACUGCAUUCUUGCUAUUUGCUUCUGGACCUGUUUUUAUUUUUCCUUUUUUAUUAUCCCUGGCUUUAACAGGCAACCUCACUUUAACACUUGAAAUACGGUCACCAUGACAGCUACAAGUAUACGAGUCAACAACAAGUGGAAGGGAAAUUACAAAAUAACUCCUGAAACUUUCUUUACAUCCCGGAUUGAUUGUAUUUUAUAUAACGGUGUAAAAGUUUUCUAAAGGUGGAUUUUUCCUCAGAGACCAUAUGGAUCCCUGUAUCAUGCAUGCCACAUAGAGAAUAUGAGGAAAUGUUUGCAUAGGAAUUGAACAUAUGGAGCUAAUAAAAAGUAUAUUAGUUUGUUAUUUGUACGCUGCCGCCAAAUGACUCAAAACUAUGAAAGCAAUCGUAAAUGCAAAUGCACAAAGACAUGCACACACGCCAAUAAACACAAACAUACACAGACAGUUUGAAUGCUCUUUCUACGCUGCUGCACGUGGUUGGUUGUAGUAGCAUGUCUUUGUUGUAGAUAAACACAAUAUUCCUUUUCUGUGUUUGUGUUUGAAAUCUCUAGAUACAGUAGGUCUCUCUGUAUAGAGUGCAAACUAAGUGUCUUGGAUAGUGUUCUCUGAUUCUAUCAGGGUUUUUUUUUUUUUUUUUUGGACAGUUGAGUGAAGAUUGUUUAGUGUUCAAUCUAUAAAUGAUGGUAAAAUUACAGUAUUUAUUUAUAAUUCUACAUGUUCUGUCGGCGGAAGAGUGGAUCAAUAAAGUGUGGUCAUUUGGA